UGUCCCUCGGACACAGCAGAUCAUCAAUCACGGAAAGAGCCAAAGAUGUCGGCUCGGUCAUGUGACCAGCCGUGUCCAAUCACAGCUGAUCACAUGGGACAUGUACACUGAUCAUCAGAGCACUGAUGAUCUGUGUAGCCCCAGCAGUGCCAUCUGUCAGUGUCCAUCAGUGCCACAUUUCAGUGCUACCAGAGCACAUCAAUGCCACAUAUCAGUGCCCAUCUGAGCUGCCUUUCAGUGUCACACAUCAGUUCCAGUCAGUGUCACCUAUCAAUGCUGUCAAUCAGUGCCACCUGUUAGUGCCCGUCAGUGCUGCCUAUCAGUGUUGCCUAACAGUGCCAGUCAGUGCCACCUAUCACUGCUGCCAAUCAGUGCCACCUGUCAGUGCCCAUCAGUGCUGCCUAUCAGUG